AUGUCUCGAUUUAACAACAAUCGCGGCGGCCUCGGGAUGAACCAGUUCCAGCAACGCAGAGGCGGCGGUGGACCCGGCGGGCCGAUGAGGGGCGGGUUAAUGGGAAACCCUCAUUUCAGGAACCAUCCUUUCCAGAAUCAGAAUCAAAACCGAAGAGGGCACAAUAAUAAUAACAAUAACAUGAACAGGCAGGGUCCACAGAUGACUCCCCAGAAGCCGAUUAUUCCUCCGCCGAGUCCCGGACCGGCUCUCACCAUGAAAGGCCCGAUGCAGCAGCAGCAGCAGAAACCUGCACAGCCAGCUCCGGAGCAGAAACAAACCCCGACACCUCCUGCUCCCACUCCUCCUCAGGGGAAGGUCGAGACACCCAAACCGGAGAUGCAGUCACCUCCACCGAAAGCAGCCAUCGCGUCCCCUCCACCCACGCAGGAAAACAAGAUCCAGAACGCCAACCAAGACCAGCUGAAGUCGCCGGCGGCAGCAAACGCGAACGGUCAGCAGAAGCAGCCUCCACAAGCGAGCCCAAAGCCCGGGCCUCCGCAGCAGCAGCAGCAGGGCCAGAGGAGCGGGGGGCCUCCACAGGGCCAGAGACCACAGCAGAGCCCGAGGGGGGGACCACACCAGGGUCAGAGAGGAGGAGGAGGAGGACACAAUCAAGGCCAGAGGACGGGACCACACCAAGGCCAGAGAACGGGACCACACCAAGGCCAGAGGAUGGGACCACACCAAGGCCAGAGGACGGGGCCGUCGCCAAUGAGGUCCAGACAGGAGCAGGAGAGAAAGCCCAACAACGAUUCGACAGAUGGUGACGACGGCCAGUCGAGUGAGUUCAAGGCAACACUGUCCAUGCUGCUGAAGCCCGGUGAGAAGACGUACACCCAGCGUUGUCGUCUGUUUAUCGGAAACCUGCCCAACGACCUCUCGGAGGAAGAUUUCAAGAAGCUGUUUGCAAAAUAUGGAGAGCCAAGCGAGGUCUUCAUCAACAAAAGCAAAGGCUUUGGUUUCAUCCGACUGGAGUCCCGUGCACUUGCAGAGAUAGCAAAAGCUGAGUUGGAUGAUACACCCAUGAAGGGUAGACCCCUGCGUGUCAGAUUUGCCACACACUCUGCAGCUUUGUCCGUGAAGAAUCUGUCACCAUUUGUUUCCAACGAGCUCCUGGAAGAAGCUUUCUCGCAGUUUGGAAUGGUCGAGAGGGCCAUUGUCAUUGUUGACGACCGUGGGCGCUCUACAGGCAAGGGCAUUGUCGAGUUCGCCUCCAAACCUGCAGCCAGAAAGGCUUUGGACAGAUGCAAUGAGGGCGUCUUCCUUCUCACCACGUCUCCCCGUCCAGUUGUUGUGGAACCCCUGGAGCAGUUUGAUGAUGAAGAUGGUCUCCCAGAGAAAUUGGCACAGAAGAACCCCAGAUAUCAAGCAGAGCGUGAGGAACCUCCUCGUUUCGCUCGUCCUGGAACCUUUGAAUUUGAGUACUCCAAGCGCUGGAAGUCCCUGGAUGAAAUGGAGAAGCAGCAGAGGCAGCAGGUGGAGAAGAACAUGCGUGAGGCCCGUGAGAAGCUGGAGAGCGAGAUGGAGGACGCUUUUCAUGAGCACCAGGCCAACCUGCUCCGUCAAGAUCUGCUGAGGCGACAGGAGGAACUGAGACGCAUGGAAGAGCUGCACAGCCAGGAGAUGCAAAAGAGGAAGGAAAUGCAGAUCAGGCAAGAAGAAGAGCGUCGCAGGCGGGAGGAGGAGAUGCUUCGCAAAAGAGAGGUGGAAGAACAGAUGAGACGUCAGCGUGAGGAGAAAUUCAGGAUGGGCAACUUCAUGGAUAGGGACAGGGAAAUGAGGAUGAAUGCCGGUGGCAUGGGAGAUAUGCCCUUCGGUGCAGCCAACCCGAACUUCCCCAUGGGUGGACUGGGACAGCAAGGAAUGGGAGCAUCUCCAGGAGGCCUGAUGGGCAACGAAAUGCGCAAUGAGCGCUUUGCCCAAGGGGGUCCCAGGGGAAUGGGUCCUGGUAAUGCCGGGUAUGGAGUCCGCGAGGAGUUUGAUGGUCCCGCUAAAAAACCACGCUUUUAAACGCUUCCCUUUGAUGCGCCCUGCAGGAGCAUUUGUACAGAUUCUUUAAAACAAUGCUUUUCUUGUAUUUAAGUUUAAAUUGUUGCAUUUUAGCCUGCUUUUUUCACAAAGUCAAUAUUUUCAUUUUUAUUUUGUAUUGUCAGUAGUAGUAGUAAGGAAAGAUCGGUCACCCUGGUGUGAUCUCAUACAUCUUUCUGACCCCUGUAAAAUUUUCUUUUCUAGAUGUAUAAUGCUCUGUGAGUCUCCGUGAAGUGAUAAUUGUAAAUUUUUUCUCUACUCUAUGGCUGUGUUUUGUGCCAUACCUUUGGAGUCUAAGCAUGUAUUACAAUAAAGAGACGUUGGUUCUAUCAGGA